GCGAUCCCGCAACGUUUCCUUUUGCGCAAUUCGCUGUGGUUUCUUCUCGUCCUCCAUUUUCUUCGCCCAUGGGCUCUCGCGCAGCGAUGUUGUCGACGCCUUGGUCCGCAAGUCAGACCAUGUGCGAUGUCCAUGCCUUUCGUUCGAACGCCGCGCAUCCAUUUGCUUUGCCCCGCUCAUUCCCGUAUUCGCAACAUCAUAACACCGGCGCGGUUCCCGUUGCAAGUGUCUUUGCUUCGGAUCCCAUUCAUCUGACAGAAGAGACACGAUUGUCGGAUGAAGCAGUGUUGCCGACAUCUUGCACUCCGGUUUCCACGAACCGUGCACGCGAUGUUCUUUCGCCGUUUAAUGAUUGCGAGGUUGGGAUGAGUUUCUCGCGUCGGUCGCCCCGUUCGAGGUCCAGUACACCUCGUGAAUGCAAGCCUCGCUGGGUGCGAUGCAGACCCGAUCAGCAAAACCGACUGGGUGAGAUUGCAAAGGCGAUGGGGAAGAAGUUGUCGACUCACGCUCGCAGCUCGAAAGAUAAGAAGAACAAUCAUUGUUCGUGCGAGGACGUGUUCGACCAGCUCCUGGAACGGAGUUCCGUUCACGUUGAUGAACUGAUGUCAAAGUACGGCCCGAGCGAGCAAUCGUCUGCCCAUGGGGGUUCAUGCGGACAAGGAUCGGACUCAACGGCGACACCGAAGUCGAAAGGUGGUACACCUCGCAGUGACGCUUUGAAAUGGCGCGACGGUAAGCCAGGAUAUUCGGAUAAUGGUCCGAUGUUUGAAAGGUUGACCAUGAGGGACCAAAUGGUCAUGUGGGAUGCUAAGGCCAGACCUCAUGUCGUUUUCAUUGAGCCGCUAAAACUUUUACAGAUUCUCGGGAUGUUCGAGCAAACGUAUCCUCGGCACGGGAAAGACGUGGAGGUGACCAUCACGAAGAUACAUUAUCCAUGUCACAUUUGCAAGUUGCAAUUCGAGUGUGGGAAAGGGUGUACUUGGCACUGGAGUUCCGCGAAGGUUGUUUCAACAGCUGGGGUGAGAAAUUCGAGGGUGGAGACUCAAUUGUUCCACUCCACUUUGACUGCGGGAAUGACGUACACUCAAUUGAAUAACCUCUUGCUGGGCUUAGGAAUGAGGAAGGUAAGGAAAGAAACUUUCUAUAAUUUCUUCCGUGAGGACAGCCCAGGUUCCCAACAGUGGCUGCGACACGUCGAACGUAUUACUCAAAAGAGCUUCGACAAGGUCAUCGUCCGAUUGCGCAGCUCGAACGAUCCGGUCGUCGUUUUGGUGGACGGCCGUUACGAUUCGUCUCGUGACGCUCAGCAUUGUAUGGUGACGGCGGUGGAUUUGAAGUCAGGAAUGAUCGUGGGGACGGAGACCAUGCUCCGGGGGAGUGAGCCGUCUUGGAAGUUGGAAACACAGUGUGUGGAGAAACUGCUUCAUCGGUUGAAGGACGCGAAGAACCUCAUCAUCGCAGAGGUUGUGCAUGAUGAUUGUGGCGCGGUUGACGUCAUAUUGCGGCGAAUGAACAUUGACUCGCAAAAGUGUAUGUGGCAUAAGGCGAAGACUUUGGUCAAACUCUUGCGAGAGGCUGUGCGCGGCACGAAGACUGUAAAACCAGCUUUGGUCGGGGCUUGCGAUCAUGUGCGUGAGGUGAAGUGUUUCACAAAGAGGGAGCUUGAACUUUGGCUCGAAACGAAAGGUGUACGCGUGGCCGGGGUGUCCACGAAAAAAAAGGAUGAACUCGUUGAGAUUGUUUGGGGUGUGAUCUUCCCCGACGAAGCAGGGAAGGCUUUGUCAGAUGAUGUCAUCGAGAUCGACGCGUUGCAAACACUGCAUUGCAAUGCGGCGGAGGAGGCGAAAGAGUGGUUGUACGGCCCUUGCAGGUUGCGCGAGCUUGCAAGGGAUGACGAUGGCGAUGUGUUGGCCACUCAUGUGCAACACCUCGCCAAUCACUGGGUCGGGGAUCAUUCCCGUUGCGAUAAUGUGUUGUCCAACCUGUGCAAAGCGGCCGACGUGUUCAUUUGGCCAUCGCGCGGUGUCUUGAACAGUUCGCUUAGGAUGACCUUCAACAACGAGUGCUUCCACUCCGUGAUCAACAAGUACUGCACGAAACGCCUGAACUUCCCCAAGUCAUAUGAGGCGCGCGUGUGUUGCACUGCUUUGGAGUGGAACAAAACAAACGAAUCAAGCGAUUGCGCACAGUCUUCCGCAAACCGACAAASGUAGCCCAUCGACGUCGCUCCGCACGACAGCAUAUAUACGCCGCACGGGAUACGUC